ACAGAGCAGCGGUGCAAAAAAUGCGAAGAGCGCAUAUCUCGUUGUGCAUGCCCGGUUGAAGAGGCAGAAUAACCCCCAGCACUGGAUGAAUCAGAGGUUUCGGGACCACAGACGGACGGAUCGGCUUAGAACGGGCGAAGGAGCGGAGGGAGGUACUGGUUUGGUGAUACCAUGAUCCAUGGCGGAGAGCAGAUUGGGGCGAGUCUUGAUUCGGCGAUUGUGCGUGACGAUGGACGGAUAGAGCAACCGGCUUGGGAGGGUGACGCAGCGGCGCCAAGCACGGACGAGGGAGAAGAGGUUUUGGAGACCCAGCACGUGAAUUCUGAUGAUGAUGAUUUCGAAGAAGCGGAGAUGAACGGUUGAGGAAGGGGCUAAGGCGAUUGGAGGAACAGGUUCCAGUAUAGUCAGUGGCGGGAAGAGGAAAGGCAGGAAGAAGGCUGCGGGGUGGAUGAUGAAAAGGAGAACUGUGCCUAGAUGACGGUCUACUUAACGGUCCCACUUUUCUGCUUAAUGAAUUUGUGGAAGCAUGAUGUGGGAUGGAUAGACGAAACGCAACCUCUAUGAUGGCCUCUAAUGACUCUGACCUUCUUGACCCCCCCGGUACCCCCCAGCCUGGUGACCUUAUUGAGAUCUUCAGACCAGCCUAUCAACACUGGGCUCUGUACCUGGGAGAUGGUUACAUCAUCAACUUGACACCUGUUGAUGAGUGUCAGGCUGCAGCCAUCUCCAGCGUGAAGUCUGUGUUCAGUCGGAAGGCAGUAGUCCGAAUGCAGCUCCUCAAGGAAGUGGUUGGAGAUGACUCAUACCGGGUCAACAACAAAUACGACGAUGACCACACUCCCUUGCCCGUUGAUGACAUCAUUCAGCGAUCUCAAGUGCUCAUUGGCCAGGAGGUGUCUUACGACCUGUUGGGCAGCAACUGCGAGCACUUUGUCACCUUGCUACGCUACGGGGAGGGGGUGUCUGAGCAGGCCACUCGUGCCAUUGGAGCCAUCAGUUUGAUGACAGCGGCAGCAAGUGCCUUCUCUGUGCUCGGACUGAUCAACACGCGGUCCAGGAACAGGCCCUUCUGAGGAUCCUCAACAAUGGCAACUUUGUCUGGUGCUACCUGUAACACAACCCAGCAUCCUCCCUGUGUUUCGGUUGUGGCGAUAACAGGAUACUCACCUUUACCCACAAAACACGGAUUGAAGGCAAAGCAAGAAGACAAUGGACAGUAUCACGUAUAUGUCAAAAUUAAGGCAAUACGACUGGAGAUGUAGAAAUUAUUAGUUUGAAUGUAAAUUAAAUUAAAAUUAAACAUAAAAAAGGAAUG